GGCUGCCGAGCUUCUCCCUGAUCCUUUGUUCCUGCUUAUUCAAAGCGGACCCCAAAGGAGAAGUCACAGCAAAGAAGCUGCCACCAAGCAGCCCAAGAGGCCUGGAAGCAAACCUGGAGGUGAGACCUGGAGAAAGCUGGAACCAUGCUGACCUUGUGUCCUACGAAGAGGCAGAAUCAGUACCUGGGAAGACUGCCGUCAGUGCAGAUGAGGGAGAUGGGGGUCCCCAAAUCUGCCGUGUAUGCGGGGAUAAGGCAACUGGUUACCACUUCAAUGUCAUGACAUGUGAAGGAUGCAAGGGCUUUUUCAGGAGAGCCAUGAAACGCAACACCCGGCUGAGAUGCCCCUUCCGGAAGGGCACCUGCGAAAUCACCCGGAAGACCCGGCGCCAGUGCCAGGCCUGCCGGCUCCGCAAGUGCCUGGAGAGCGGGAUGAAGAAGGAGAUGAUCAUGUCCGAUGCCGCUGUGGAGCAGAGGCGGGCUCUGAUCAGGAGGAAAAAGAGAGAACAGAUGGGCACUCAGCCCCUGGGAGCCAAGGGGCUGACUCAGGAGCAGCAGACAAUGAUCAGAGAGCUGAUGGAUGCUCAGAUGAAAACCUUCGACACCACCUUCUCCAAUUUCAAGGACUUCCGGCUGCCAGAAGCGCCCAGCAGUGGUCAUGAGGUUCCGGAAUCCCUGCAGCCUGCAGCGGGGGAAGAAGCUGCCAAGUGGAGCCAGAUCAGGGGAGAUCUGUGCUCACUGAAGGUCUCUCUGCGGCUGCGGGCAGAAGACGGCAGCAUCUGGAGCUACAGACCCCAACCUGAUAGCAGCGGGAGAGAGAUCUUUUCCCUGCUGCCCCACAUGGCUGACAUGUCAACCUACAUGUUCAAAGGCAUCAUCAACUUUGCCAAAGUCAUCUCCCACUUCAGGGAUUUGCCCAUCGAGGACCAGAUCUCCCUGCUAAAGGGGGCCACAUUUGAGCUGUGCCAGCUGAGAUUCAACACGGUGUUCAACGCAGAGACGGGAGCCUGGGAGUGUGGUCGGCUGUCCUACUGCUUGGAGGACCCUGCAGGUGGCUUCCAGCAGCUUCUCCUGGAGCCGGUGCUGAAGUUCCACUACAGGCUGAAGAAGCUGCAGCUGCAUAGGGAGGAGUACGUGCUGAUGCAGGCAAUCUCUCUUUUCUCUCCAGACCGACCGGGUGUGGUGCAGCGCAGCGUGGUGGACCAGCUGCAGGAGAGAUUUGCCAUUGCCCUGAAGGCCUACAUCGAGUGCAGCCGGCCCCAGCCUGCCCACCGGUUCCUGUUCCUGAAGAUCAUGGCCAUGCUCACCGAGCUCCGCAGCAUCAAUGCCCAGCACACCCAGAGGCUGCUGCGCAUUCAAGACAUACACCCGUUCGCCAGCCCCCUCAUGCGGGAGCUGUUUGGCAUCACAGAUGGCUGAGAAGCUGCCCCCUUGGGAGAGCCUCUGGGGGGGUGGCAGCCGGAGCCAGAGCCCUGCCCUUAGAGCUGCCAUUCCUGGAUCUAGAC